CUUCAGAAAACUGUUCUGUUUAAUUUGGUGCAUGUGUAAUCCACCAAACAGCAUUUAAAUGACUUUAAACCAAAGCUAUUAGCAUUUGGGUAACAUUAGCUUUAUUAAUUUACAGGCUAAAUUAUAGUUUAGAGAAUAACAUCCAAUCUAAAUCUAUAAUAAUUGUUUUUUUGUUACCUUAACUACUCAAGAUGGUUAACAUUGAUUACUUUUAAAAAACUGUAUUUAUUUUGCAUUAUUAUGGUAAUAACGAGAAACUAAAACGCGCUUCCGGUUGUGUCGUCACUAGCCCGUGCGGGCUUGACGCCCCAGGUGUAUAUAAAGAGCUCGAGGCGGCCGUUGGUAAGGAGACCCGUCGUGUAGGCAACAGACCACGGCCGUACCCCGGCAGAUCCCCGCUGUGUCCCGAACCCUGUCCGCGGUGAAACAUGGCGCUGAGCCGGCUGGAGAAGAUAAAGGCUUGGUUCCUGAGGGCGGCGCUGGGAUUCUUCGAGCUGCUGCUCCGGCUCUUCAUCCCUCGGUCCCCCGUGUCCGGGAAGAAGCUGCCGGCCGUCCGCAGCCCGCUGCUGCUCCUCUCAGCGACCCAACUGGCCAAGAAGAUCCGGAGGAAAGAGGUGUCGAGUGUGGAGGUGGUGCAGGCUUACAUCGACAGGAUCCAGGAAGUCAACCCUCUGCUCAACGCUGUGGUAAAAGACAGGUUCGACGCGGCGCUCCAGGAGGCGAGUCAGGUGGACAAGCUGAUUGAGGAGGAGACGGGAGGGGAGGAGGUGCUGGAGGACCGGCUGCCUCUCCUGGGAGUCCCUCUGUCAGUCAAAGAGUCCUACGCCCUGCAGGGAAUGCCCUUCACCACCGGCCUGGUGUCCCGGCGAGGCGUCUUGGCCACGGUGGACGCCGCUCCCAUCGCCCAGCUGAAGAGAGCGGGCGCCAUCCCGAUGGGCGUCACCAACACGCCGGAGCUGUGCAUGUGGUGCGAGUCCCACAACCACCUGUACGGAGUCACCAACAACCCGUACGACCUGGAGAGGAUGGCAGGAGGCAGCUCAGGUGGGGAGGGCAGCAUCCUGGGAGGAGCAGGAGCAGUCAUCGGCGUGGGCUCCGACAUCGGCGGCAGCAUCCGGAUGCCGUCUUUCUUCAACGGGAUAUUUGGCCAUAAAACCACUCCAGGUAUGGUGUCCAAUGAGAACCAGUUCCCUCGUGCCACUGGCAGCCAGGCGGAUUAUGUCAGCAGUGGUCCCAUGUGCCGCUACGCUGAGGACCUGCUGCCCAUGCUGAAGAUCAUGGCGGUGCCGGACGCUCACCUGUUGAAGCUGGACGAGAAGGUUGACCUGAAGAAGCUGCGGUUCUUCAACCUGCCUCACGACGGCGGCAGUCUGCUGACCUACCCCGUCAGCAAGGAGAUCCUGGACGCUCAGAAGAAGGUGGUGCAGCGUAUGGAGGCCGACCUCGGCGUGAAAUUCCAAAGAGUGCAGUUCCCGGAGCUCAAAAACGCCUUCCACAUCUGGCACGCGUACAUGGGGUUUCCUAACAAGGAGGGCGAGUAUCCUCUGUCCAUGGGUGAGAUGAUGGGGGAGCCCGGCCGACCCGCCUGGCCGCUGUGGGAGCUGCUCAAAUGGAUGGUCGGAAAAUCUGACCACACGAUGGCUGCUAUCGUUGUGGCCCUUCACGGGUACGUGUUCCGUCCUUCUCCGUUCAUCAUCCAGCAGAAGGAGAAGCUGCAGAAGGACAUAGAGGAGCUGCUGGGGACCGACGGGGUUCUCCUCUACCCCACUCACCCCCGAGUGGCUCCCAGACACCACCACGUUCUCCUGAGAAUCUACGACGUCUGCUACACAGCUAUAUUUAACACCCUGAGGCUGCCGGUCACCCAGUGUCCUCUGGGGCUGAACCAGCAGGGUCUGCCUCUGGGGGUCCAGGUGAUCGCUGGGAAGAACCAGGACCGCCUCACCCUGGAGGUGGCGCUCUACCUGGAGAAAGCCUUCGGAGGCUGGAAGGAACCCGGGACCAAAUAAAACCCCUCACACUGUGACAGCCGUGACCAAACCUCCAGACUGAAGAAGAAGAAGAAGAAGAGUGUCUUAUCUGCCUUGCUGCUUGCCGUAGUUCACCCAGAGGUCCAAUCAGGGCGCUGAAUGUUCCUGUGGACGUGACUAAUGAGUUGUUAGACAUGAUUUUAUAAUUUACCAUGUUCAGAAACCAUUACGUCACGUGAGCACAAGCUUUAAAAAAAAAAAAAGAAAGGGAUUUUUAUAUUACAACAUUCACAGUAACCUGGGAAACCUGGCAGCAAAAGUUGUCAAACGUCAUAUUCAAGUAAAAAACUAACUUUAAAUAUCUGUAUUUAGUAAAAAACUAACUUUAAAUUUCUGUAUUUAAAAAUACAUAUCUGUAGAUUAAAUACUGUAUAUUAUCCAUAUUUUAAAAUAAAUGAUCUGUAAAAUAACCUGAGGUAUUUUACUGUUGACAGUACAUUUUUGACAACUUUUGCUGCCAGCCUUUUAAAAUUAUUUUUCUUUUUCAAACUUUAACAGUAAGUUUUUUUUUUUUUUUUAAAGAUUAUUUUUUUUGGCAUUUUUUGUUGCUUUAUUGAUAGUGAGAGAUAGAAAGGGAGUGAUAGAGGGGAAGACAUGCGGAUUCGAACCCGGCUCCGCCGCAGCACACGGCAUACAUGGUUAGCGCUCUACCGGUGUGAGCCACCGGGAUGCCCCAACAGUAAGUUUUUAACAAAAGUUCCACCAUUACAAAUUUAAUUAUUUGAACUCUAAAACUGUCGGCGCACGAUCGUCUCAGGGUUUGAAACUCUCUAGUCAGACUUGAGCUCAGGUUUUUCCUGACUCAUAAAGGCGUGUAACUCUGUAACGAGGACUUCACAAUAAAGAAAACUCAUUAGUAACGACAGCCAGCAGAGUAAAGGGCCGUCCACGCCAAGAUCCAGAACUAUAAAUAUAUAUGGUAACACUUUAGAUUAGGGAACAAAUGAGUAACAUAUUGGCUCUAAAUUAGUCAUUAAGUUAAUUUGCUUUGUGGAACCGAAUCAACUGGAAAUGAGGCAGAUGAACCAAAAUAAACCAGGCUUUUUUUUGAUAAAACUUACUUUAUGUGACGGGCCGCAGCUUUCUGAGCUACUGAACAGAGACGCUAACUCUGGUAACAGAUGGUUCUCUGAGGCGUCAAAGAGAGAAUUCUGAUAUUUCAGCAAACUGUUCUGUUUAAUAUGGUGCAUGUGUAGUCCUGACUUUAAACCAAAGCUAUUAGCAUUUGGGUAACAUUAGCUUUAUUAACUUACAGGCUAAAUGAUAGUUUAGAGAAUAACAUCCAAUCUAAAUCUAAUAUACCUACCUCAUAUAUAUAUAUAUAUAUAAUAUAUAGGAAACACUUAAUAUUAAUAAUGCAGGAGAGGAGGGAGGUGGUGGCUCCGACAGCUCAGACUGGAUGUUCACUGUGGUUUUAGUUCUUGUUCUCGGUGUGGACGGACCCGACUGGAAGAUAAAACAUGUUUUAACACGCUGAUAAAUAAAACCUUUUGAUUGUGUGCUAAUGUGAAUGUUGCAUAAUGUUAGUUUGUUAAUUAAUUGUGGUGCCUGUUUUUUGCUGCAACUAAUUUGUUUCAUUUAAUAAAAAAUAAAAAUCUCUUUUAUAACAUCACU